AUCAAACAGAUGUGUAUGUAUAAAAUAGCAUGUCCUCUGCUCAAAAGGCUUGUGUUAUUGAGCAACCCAGGAGAGCACGUGUGUCAAGUUAAGUAGGUCAUGUCAGACACAGCUGAUUGAGUUUUCAGUGCACGUUGUGCAUGGCUGGCCUAUACCAGUCUGGAAAAUCUAGAUUGAGCGGUGAAGUCUUUGAAGUAAACGUCAUUCAAUCCUCUCUUAAAGCCAGCCAAAUACACAUAAAGAUGAUUUCUAUAGACAAGUAGAGGAGCAACACUUUGCCAUGUCUCUCCUAGCCCAGCUACAUCAGGCUAUUUCAACAAAUGAUAUUCACCUGGUCAAUCUCCUCAUUGCUCAAGGUGCUGAUGUCAACGUGAAAUACGGGCAUGACACCGCGUUUAUUGCUGCAGUACAGUUAAACCAUGUCCAUUGUGCUGACUGCAUACUUAGCUGUGAGUCUUUUAACCCUAAUGCUACCAACCAAUUUGAAUCGUCCCCUCUACACAUUGCUGUCAAAUGUGGGCAUACACAUUUCUCACGCAGUCUUCUAAACAAAGGAGCAGAUAUUGACGCAGUAAAUAAUCAAGGUCUCAGCCCUCUCGGGGUUUCAGCUUGGCAUGGAACAUAUCAUUGCGCAGAGAUAUUGGUUGAACAGGGUGCCUCCUUGAGUGUUAGAGAUAAAUUAGGAAGAACCCCACUCAUGAUCGCAUGCUCUUUCGUCAACAUUGAGGUUGUCCAGAUAUUAUUACAGCACGGGUGUGAUGUCAAUGCUCUCUGCCCAGACAUGCGCACAGCUCUUAUAUAUGCUUUACCAACACAUUACAAUAGACAUGUCAGUAAAAAAAAAUUAAGCGCAAUGUUAAGUAUAUGUGAACUGGUCAUCAAUGCAGGCUGUGAUAUUAAUAAACAAGAUAAAAACGGCUGGUCUGCACUUCAUCAUUCUGUGGACAGAGACUGUUUAGAAUCACUCUGUUUUCUAGUGGAAAAAGACUGUCUUUUAGAUGUGAAAGAUAAAUCUGGACACACUCCUUUUCAUCUCUGUAUCAUGAAAUCUGAGCCCAGAUAUAAAAUGGCUGAAAAGUUAGUAUACUAUGGAAGCAAAGUGAACAUUGACAUGACUCUUAGCAAUGGGGUUACUAUAAAUCCCUUAUUUUAUUUGUGUAAGUAUCAUUUAGUUCCGACUGCUAUAAACUUACCUCUCAAUCAUCUACUACAGUUACUGUGUGAGGCCCAGCUACCUCCACUCGUAACAAAUGAUAAUAGCAUGUGGUCAAGAACAUUAUCGAUGUGGUCAACCCUCAGUAGAGAUAUCUUAAUAUGGUUGCAGAGUCCGUGUUCGCUUCAACAUCAAUCGAAAAUUAUCAUUCGCAAUUUGUUAUCUGGAUCGAACAUACUUCCAAAAAUCAGAAGUCUUCCUAUAGGAAAUAAUUUAAAAAUGUUUUUAUCGCUAGGCCUAGGACACAAUAUCCUUUUUUUUCAGCUAUGCAAAUUACACACUUGUAUAGUUGAAUUUGAUAAUGAAACUGCAAAAAAAUUACUUCUUAAUGGUGUGUCAACUGAUUUCCCCAUAAAUGAAAAGUUGCCGAUAGAAAAAGCAAUUGAAGUACAAAAUAUAGAAAUGAUUGCUUCAAUAAUCCAGCUAACUCCAGCAAUUCAGCUGACUCAUCUAACCAAUGAUGGGGACAAUGUUUAUCAUCUUCUAUCCAAGUACAACGUUUCAUCGGCCAUUCAUCUCUUGCCAACUAGUAAUUUUAUCAAUUCACAAAACAAACUUGGAUUUACACCUUUACAGACUGCAGUCAAAUAUGGACAUUUUGAGACAGCCGAGGAACUUAUAAAACAUGAAGCAUCAAUCAACAGCCAUCCUGACAGUUACCCGUUGAUACACUUGGCUGCAGCCAGUGGUGCGUGCUCCUUCGUGAAACUAUUGCUGCUCAGAGGUAUCGAUGUUAAUUCAACAGACAGAUUUGGGAACACUCCCUUACAUUUAGCAGUGUCAAAGGGUAAUGAGUAUCUAAUGUUGGACAUUGAAAUACCAGCAUUAUUUAACCACGAAGCUUUGGCAGCUUUAGACGUUUGUAAAAGGCACGUGACUGGUGGACAGUCAACUUUGACUCGAUCGGAUGCUGACCAUGCUGGGAUAGUUCAAAUAUUAUUAGAACACGGUGGUAACCCAUUACUAGUCAACAACUACAAUAGGACACCGACAGACUCUGCCCAGUUGUUUCAUGCCACAGAGUUUGUUGAACAACUUAAAAGUUGUACGUGUCAUUAAAUGUAGUACCAGGUGACCGAGCCUCGCUCCUUUGAAGAAUUUGUUAAAAAAAGACAUAUACCUGAAAUCAUUUUGGGAAUAUUGUUGUAAUUAUAAAAAUGAACGAUCAGGUAAAGACUAUCAAUCUGAAGAGUUGCUUUUUCGUUCUGUUAGUUCUCAAUGUAAUUGUACAUGGCGACUAGAAUAGAAAGUCACUUAAGUCCCCCCCCCCCCCAGCAGUGUUAAAAAACCACAGCUCACGUCGUGUCGUUUUACUUUUCAUCUCUUGUGUAAAACUAUUGGGCUAUUAUUGGCUUCGCUUAAAGUCUUUGCAGUGUAACUUCUAAAAUGGUUACGUUGAGACAUUUAAUAUUGCAAUAAGUAUAUCCAUUAUGGCUUUAGUUUGAAGCAUCAAGUGAUACAAAACCUCUACGUAAUAGGGUAAAGCGUGCACCUUGUAACAAAGUAAAAUAGUGCAAGUUUUCCUUAGAGACUUAAAAGCAUCGCGAUACAAUUCUUAAGUAGCAUUAUUGUGGGGCAUCUCUGUCACGCCGACUGCAUUUCAGCUCACUAAAAAAAAGAUUGCCUUUAGCAUAUGUUCGUCCCAUACGGGAUAAGUGCCCUGCCCAGCGUGACUGUCGGACUAUAAGAAGUUCAUUACCAAAGACUUAUAUAUUAUAUCAAGACUGGAAACCGGAAAUAAAUCCUUAUACGCUAUUGAUCGAUUCACAGACCUAUACAUAUAUAGAUUUUUAUGUACGUAAACUCUUUUUUUCAGGCUCUAAGGGGAGUCACCCCAAUCAAUCUUUUUUGUCUUAGAAAAGUAUUGAACUUUAGUUUUCAAAGUUUAGAAAUAAUGCAAAAUCAUUUCUCGGAUAUUCCAGCAAAUAUAUGAAACAAAGCCAUUUCCGGUUUGUUUCCAUUGAGAUAAUGUUUCAAAAAUCCUAUGUCGAAAUAAUUCAUGUUGAUUUUAAUCAUCUUAUGCACAUUUAAAUAGAUUGAUUACCUAGAUCUUUCUAGAUUAUGUAUCUAAAAUUGCAAAAUAAUUAUUAUGAGACGAGAGUAAUCUUAUUUUUGAUGUUCAAUGGACCUCAUUCACCAAACGUUAACAAACAACAUUUAGCCACGUGAUUCUGUAUAUCUUCUAUUCAAAUUAUGUAAUCCAUAUUGGCUGUCACGUGAUAUGUAUUUUUCAUUGUUUUAUCAAUAUUAUGACGUGGCUAAAUGUGUUUAUUUACGAUUGAUAAAUGAGGUCCAUUACUAGAUUUAGAUCUAGAAAUUAAAUUAUAUGUUACAUAGGUUAGGGUUGAAAAAAAAUUUACUUCUUUUAACUACUUUACAAAACAACGCCUUGAUCCAACUUUCUAAAAAAAUUUCACAUUUUUUGUAGUUUUAAAAAGUCUCCAUGUCCAGUCUAGAGUAGUACAUUACAUUCAUUACAUUUCACAAGAACAUCAAUGAUGGUGUGCAAAUAUCUUUGGUGAAGGCGUUCAAGAAGUCUUAGUUGCUUUCUCUAAAGUACCCUUGUCUCAUCCACAAAGAGGGCUUGAGAGAAUUACUGCUAGGUAGACACUAAUUUUUGUAGGCAGGCGGAGUGAUUUAUUUCGCCACACUCUCGCUUGGAGGCGUUCAAAAGCAAGACUAUCCCUGAUCACAUAUCAACCUCCUUUUAAAGCAAUGCGUCAUUUGAUACUAUGCUUCCCAGAUAUUUGAAGUUGUCUACCACGUUAAGGGAUGUCUAUGCGCUGUGAUCUUUGGACUGAGUAGGUUUUAUUGGGUGACUUCUGGAACAUGACUUCCGUUUUACCGAAGUUUAUAGGUAAACCAAAAGAGGCGGCAGCGUAAUGAAACUUCUUUGACCACGAGCUGUAUAUCAUCAGGGCCGGUUUUAGGCCACUGCAACCUAUGCGGCUGCAGUGGGCCCCGAACAUUCAUAAGCCCCGCGCUAAUUCUAGGUGUAAAUGAUGAAAUUAAACCAUUAUAACUUAUAAUAGGGUUCCCGUGGUCUCUUUGUUUUCAAGGAUCUCCUAGAAAUCUUAUGAAACUCAAAAAUGUCCUUAAAAUAGACAAAAUUGUCAUUUUGUGUGUCAAUCAAUAUUGUAAAUGCCAAUCCUACGCGCAAUAAAAAAAAAACAUAUGGACCCGCAAAUGUUAGGUUUGGCCCUGGGUAUCGUGUUCAGUGUGUGCAAGUAAGGCGCAGAUAAGCUGUGUUAUGACCAUUUCCUAUGAUUUGGUAUGCGACAGUAGACUUCGAAGCUGGAACACAUUGCAAUAAUUAACCAGCAAAAUAAUAACAAAGUAAAAGCUACCUACGGGUGUACGCAAUAUAAGUGUAAACAAUUUUUAAAGCCUUUAAAACACAAUAACUAAUCAUACAACAAAUUUAAUUGCAUUAUUUUUCUUCCAUAGUUUCAUAAUAGAUCAAUCCACAAUAAGAUGGCGUGCAUACGUUUAAUUACGCCAAUUGAAUCAUUAAAACUUGUUCUUGUUUGCGAAGAAAUGUCAUAGUGUACUGCUGUGAGCGUAGUGACGUUAGCGGUGUCAAGUUUUUUUUCCCUUUGACGUCACAUAGAAAAUUUUCAUUCAUAAAACAUUCUAGCCAAAAUUAAUUUUUCGAUAAUGAGCCAUUUUCAAACCGAUAGAACGGUCAACCUCGAGUAUAUAUAUAUAUAUACAUACAUACAUACAAGAAUUGCUCGCUUAAGAGUAUAGGAUCGGUUAUAUUUGUGUUUAUUUUUAUCUUUUCUUUUUUUUUUUUUGGCAUCCCCUGCAUUGUAAAUACUGUGCAUUAUCACGCACUAACCUCAACUAAACAUAUUUUAAAACGUAGUAACUCUUGAUGGUAUAGUAUUUGUAUUUGGCUGGAACAGUUCUAAAGGAUUGACACAAUGUACCCCACCCCCUACUCUUGUACAUCCAGGCACUCUUCCGUGCACUUCUUUGCCUCCAGGCACUCUUCCGUGCACUUCUUUGCCUCCAGGCACUCUUCUGUGCACUUCUUUGCCUCCUAUGGUUAAACAGUCUGAGAAAGAACAUCGAAUGUCACACCCACUUCUAGAGCUCAUCAGUAAUAGCCUUAAAGAAAAAGUCCUUGCAUUGCCGUUAUACAAACAGCACAAACUGGCACAUCAGCUGUCUGUAGCCCAUAAUGCUUUUGUUUAGAAAUUCCUUAAAAACGGAAAAUCUACUACUAGUUUUGUGUGGUCUGACAUUUUUACUACAAUUUAUAAAUGCCCACUACUAUGGUGACCAGAUAUUUGGGGAGUGGGACACAUGUCAAUUGUACAGCGAAAAAAAAAGGCUAUGCUCAGAUUGUUUUUGAUCAAUAACAGAUUAAACAUCAUUCAAAUACAUCCCAAUGUAGACACAAUCAUUGAAUUACUUGCAAACUUUCUGUAAUAGAGAACAUCUUUCAGUGCGAUUCACGUGAGAGCGUUAACCCUAUCGAGUAAGUUGCUUCUCUGAAAUACUCUGUACAAUGUGUGCAACUGUCACUACUGUAUCUCUUUUUUCUAACCAACCCGCGUCAUUCAUAGUAGUAAGGCGCAUGCGUACUUCAAUGUCUUUCGUGCAUUUCUGAAUCAACUCGUCAAUGGUGGGAGAUACUUCAAAAGCACUGACAUUCUGUCCCUCAAUAAACAGAAUGCUCCACGGAAUAUUCCGAAAUGUUGUGCUAACAAAAAGCAGUCAUAAUGCAGCACACGACACGGGUUUUAAAAGAAGCUUUUGAUUAUGGUAUGGCACUUCUAUAGAAAUAAGAAUUAGGAUUUAAAGCAAUCUCUCCACCGAAGGCUUCAGAGAUAACCUCCAGGUAUUUCAAUAAAUAAAAAUUCCGCUAUAUUCUAAAUUGACAAAUUCGCUUAUUUAAAAAAAAAAAAAAAAAAAAAGAUUCCACGCGAACG